AUGACCGCCAACCCACCAGAAGACUUCCUCCAGGGCCCAGCAUCAAACGCAACCCUGCACAAAAUCGACUUCGAAAAAACAACCCCGCCCAUCCCCGCUUUCAAAGGCACAUUCGCCGCAGUAGUCGACAACCUCCUCACAGAAUCCGAAUGCAAAACCCUGCUAGAAUUAGCAGAAGAAUCAUCCCGAACUAAACUCCCCGACUCAACCCUCUCACCACCACAAUGGGAGCGCGCAACAAUCAACGCCGGCAACAAUCGACAAAUCAUGUCCAUCGAGUCGCGAAAAAGCGGACGCGUGAUAUUCGAUACUGCCGAUAUCGCUGACCGCCUCUUAAACAGACUAAUGCCAUUCAUGCGCGAGUGCGAGAUCGACAUCGUCAAGAACAAACCACUCAUCACGGGACUGGGACCCGCGAAGCGAGGCGAGGAACUCCGUCUGAGUCGGUUGAAUGAGCGACUUCGCUUUCUGCGGUAUGAAGGUGGUGAUUAUUUUCGACCACAUUGGGAUGGAUGUUAUGUUACUCCUGAUGGAAAGGAGAAGUCGCUUUUCACGAUUCAUUUGUAUUUGAAUGGGGAUGGGGAGCAGGAUAUGGAGGAGUUGGGGCCUUGUAUUGAGCGGGCACAGAAGAGGAAUUGGUUGUUCCAGAAAGAUGGAGAGAUUGAUUUGGCGGAGGUGGGAUCUGAAGAUGUUAGUGAUGGGACGGUGGAAUCUCAUGAUGAGAGUGAUGUGCUUCUUGGGGGAGCUACUUCGUUUAGUGAUGGGUUGACUUCGAAGGAGGCUGUGCGUGUGUUUCCUAAAACGGGGUCUGUUUUGAUUUUCCAGCAGAGGAAUUUGUUUCAUAGUGGUGACGAUGUGUUUAGGGGUGUUAAGUAUACUGUGAGGACGGACGUUAUGUACAGGAGCGACUAA